UAAAACUAACAACAGAAUAUAAUAUGAAUGACAUUACAUCCUAGACAUGCAGUUAAAAAAAUUAUACUGAAUAAUAAUAAUCACAAAACUUUUAUUGAACUUAAAAUAAAUCAAUCUGCUUAUGAGGUGCACAGCCAUGCGGUCAUAAUUGUGGUGUAAUGAAUCAAUUGGCAUUUUAAUGUGUAAUGUCCACUGUCAAUAAGCUGAUUGCAUACCAAACGAGUUAUAUUUGAUACCUAUAUUGGCACGAAGAGGCGCUGUGAAGUUUAAUAAAAUUCUUUGUAUUUCAUCGUUAGUCAAAGUAUAAUCAUCGGGGUAAAACAAAUUAAAAAUGGAUUUGCAACAACAGAUUGCUGAACUUCGACAAAAAUUUUUCAAAAAAAUUGAUGAAGAAGGUGCUUCAGCUAAUUUUCAUCCAAAUGAUUUGAACAGAGCAAAAACUCAAGAUGACUGGUUACAAAGAUUUCUAGUUCAUUCGGAGUACAAAAUUAAUGAAGCUGUGAAUAUGAUGUGGACCAGUUGUGAAUGGAGAAAAAAUGUUGGUGCCAAUGACAUAACUGAAGAGAAUGUUAAACAAGAAAUUCUUGAGGAAGGAAUUUUUUUCCCAUAUGGUAAAGAUAAAGAUGGCAAAACACUAUUUGUCAUCAAGUGUAAAUUGUAUGUAAAAGGUGUCAGAGAUACUGCAGAACUUCAAAGAUGUGUCAUUUAUUGGCUUGAGAGACUUGAAAGAGAAGGAAAUGGUGAUCAAAUAACGAUAUUUUUUGAUCUAACUGAUUCUGGUUUAUCGAAUUUGGAUACAGAUUUUAUAAGAUACAUAGUCAAUCUCUUGAAAAAUUAUUAUCCUAAUUUUUUGAACAAUAUUAUUCUACUUGAGCUUCCAUGGGUGUUAAAUGCAAUAUUAAAGAUAAUUAAAACCUGGUUGCCACCUCAAGCAAUACCAAAGAUCAAACAAGUCAAUAAAGCCGGUUUAAAAGAAUUUGUAGAUUCAGAUGUUGCCUUAAAAAGCUGGGGAGGAACAAGCGAUUUUGUUUUUAAAUUUACUCCAGAAAUUCGUAAUAAUACUAUUGAUAAUGAAAAUGGAAAACUAGAUAAUAAAAAAGUACACUUUGCUGAAGGAUCUCCUCUGAAUGAACAAGCUCCUUCUAAUUUUGGAGAACAAAGUUUUGAAGAGACAAUGCUUUCCAUUAUUCCAGAAGUAAUCUCAUUUAAUAAAGAAGGCCAAGAAGUUGUAGGGACUCUUCAAUUAAAAAAUCAAACUACAGACAAGUGUCUUUCGUAUAAAAUAAAAACAACAGCACCAGAAAAAUUCAGAGUACGUAAAAGUAAUGGUGUUCUCCUCCCAGGGCAGCAAAUUACGGUUACUGUUUCACUCCAACCUGGCUUUAAUCUACGUAGUUUAUUGCACAAUAAAUUCUUAGUUAUGUGUCUCCCUAUGAAAGACUCUAAAAUGACAGCUGAAGAUUUGACAGAAUUUUGGAAGACAAAUGGAAAUUCAGCUGAACAACAUAGAGUAUGGUGUCGCGAAGGCGGAACUGAAACAGGUUCAAUUUUAUCAUCGUCAACAAUAAGCAAUGAUCGUGUCAGUGAUAAUCUAUAUGCUAAGAUAGCACACUUAGAAGAGUGUCAUACGAAAUUACACAAAGAUCUACGAACUUUGAAGCAUGUAAUGAUAGUAUCAAUUAUUUGGACAGUCAUAGCAGCUAUCACUAUAAUUUAUAUCCUUCGUUCAGACAUUGAAAAUGUUUUGGGGAGUGAGCAAAGCUGCCACAUGCAUCGAGAAUAAUACUGGGCUUAGUGAUAGACGCUUAUAAUUUGUAUAAUUAUUGAUUAGAAGAAAAGCUUAGCCUACAUGUAUUUAUAAAACUUCGAAAAUUCCUGUGCUACUAAGACUACCAAGGAGUGACUUGGACUGUGUAAAUAAUUUAUCAGCAUUUUUAUUCAUUCCUAAAUUGUACUUGCAAAUGUUUUUUUAGUCUCUUCUUCAAGAAUGAACUUCACUUAUAGUGAAAAGUAACCUCAUAUACUGCAUAAAUGAUAUUGAAGAAGAGAGAAAUAUUUUUGUAAGCUUUUAUACUAAUAUUUAUACGAAUCUGUGAGUGUGAGCAAUCAUGAUACAAUGAAAAUUUUGAAUACAGUGAUAUUAUACGCGCAAGUUUUCUUAUAUUUCUUACGUAUAAUCAGAAAAGAGAGACUUAUCCUCUCUAAGAGACGGCUCUCUUUUUUGGUAUAAUUCAACUGAGAUCUAUUAAUUUAACCAACUGAAAAUAUUUAAUGCACAUUAAUAAAGUUAAAAAAUUGUUAUUAUUAUUAUAAAUACUGUAAGGAUAAGGAGUAUACAUAUAUAUAUAUAUAU